GCAUUUCGAAAAUCUCCAUCGUUUAAAAAAAAAAUCAUUAAAAAAGUCCGAAGGGUUCAGUAAUAAAUGAAACAACAAUUUUGGCGCCUUAAAAUCGUGUCAUCAGCUUUGACAGAUUUUUUCAAUUUACGGGUUUCAGAAAUAGAAUAAAACUUUCAACCAAUAAUAUUCUUGAAGGAAAUUCUUUCCUCUUUCAAUCUGAUUUUUUAGUUUAUUAUUUCUCCUUAGAGGAGUUACUGAAAAAUCAAUUUGAUUAACGACACCUAUUCUUGAGGCAAACUGGCCUGACAACGUUGGGGCAGUUUGCGGGUAUAACUUCUAUGUCGUCUAAUGUCAAAAUGAUGGUUACAUUUUGAAAGCUGUCACGAAAGUUGUUGCUGAGAAUCAAAAAGUGUGUGAUGUUUCCAAAGCAACCUCCAUCCCAAAAAGAUCUCUUCUGAGAUAUGUUAAAAAUUUAUUGGCUUUUGGAAUUAAAGAUGAAGCUGAAGCAACUACAAUCAUUUGGGGUCACCAAAAACCUCAUAAGGUUUUCAAAAGCAAACAAGAAAGCAACCUUAGCAAUUACGUCAAAAGGGCUAGUGACAUUAAUCAUGGAAUCACUACCACAGAGUCACAGACAUGAGAAGAUUGGCUUAUCAGUACGCUACCCAAGAAAAAUGUAUUGUCCCUCCCCGUCUGCCUUGCAGUAUCUACCACAGGGAAGUCCAUUCCACCACUCUUUGUCUUUCCACGAGUUCAUUUUCAGGAAUAUUUCCUCAAUGGUGCCCCUCUUGGUUCUGUUGGAUCAGCCAAUAAGUCUGGCUGGAUAUGUCAGACAAAGAUUUCGAUUUGUUCAUCAUCGAGACCAACAACACCAGCAUACAUCACGUCUGGGUUUAGAGUGGCUGGGCUAGUCCCAUUUUAUAUAUUUAUCUUCGAUGGUGACGUCGACUUUGCUUCAUCUUUCGUCACGGAUCGUCCUUUUAGGCCUUAUUCAUCACCAGUCCCAUCUUCAUAGAAACCCAGCAUCCAACGAUAACAUCGUCCAAGAAGGCCAAACUCCCGUUCCAGAGAACCACAUCACGGCCAAUUGUUCUUAGUUAUUUUAAUGAUCUUGAUGUCGUGGCCAUCUAAAUUUGUGGUUUUUAAAUAACUCAUGUAUUGUUAUCAUUCCACCAAGAAUAUACUUUUGAAUCUUAACUUUCUUUAUUUAUUUAUUCGUUUAUCUGAUGUACCGUCCCUUGGACUGUUAGUCCAUAAGAAUAACAUGGGCUUUUAUGCCCCCAUACAUGGAGCGAAGUGCCCCUUCAACGGGGCAUCUCGUCUUUUAAUUUU